AGAGCAAAAAAAGGAGGGGGAAGAAAAGAAACUCAGUCCCUUUGUGUGUAGAGGACCCAGCAGGAAAGCGAUUUUGCAAUUACUUCAGCUUGCCGGUAAAGCAAGCUUGGUUCCUCUAAUCUGCACACACUUGUACACUGGACUGUCUCACUCUGCUCACUGUCUAUACAAGCACAUACAAGAGUGAGCGUGUGUUUAUGGGUUGCAUCUGGAAGCGCUUCGAGAGCCAACAACAACGCAGGGUUUCUGCCCCUGAUGAUGAAAGCAAACGUCAGACUAACCCAUGAAUAUUGAUGCGGAGGUAGUCUGUUUCAUAGACGGAACAGAAGGAAGCAAGAUGGCUGCCCUUUAGGAUUUGUUUAAGAGGAGACCUAGACGGUUUGUUGGAAUUCUACAAAGUGGAGGGACUUAAAAAGAGGACGCAGAGAGGGCAGCCUUGUGAAUGGACCCAGAGCAGACCAGAUGGAAACAGAAAAGACCAGCCAUGAUACGGAAAAAAGUCUGAUACUUGCACAAAUCGGUGCUACUCAGCAGACAGACCCUCUUCUCAUCAAGCAACAGAAUGGAGAUCAGUCACCUGAGGUCUUGUCUCAGCAGUUCAAUGGAGACACAAACUGGAGCCAUAUCAAGCCCAGCACAGUGGUCUACCCGAUGAAACGACAACAGGAUAAUUGUUCUAGCCCUGCUAACAUGCAGGGCAUAUUUGAUCAAAACAUGUAUGAGAUGAAUGGACAGAUGAAACAUGCUCUAAGUGAACAGACAUAUUUGGACUUUCACCAGCCUAAAAAACUCUGUACUGAUUCAGAGGUGAAUGGAAAUGAAGACCUGAGGCUUUGGGAUAAAAGAGAAACCGGAAUGGAGAACCGAUUAGAAGGAUUCUCUAAGCACAACAAGCCAGGAGAUUUUGAGAUAAAACAUAGUAAAAGAAACUGUAACUUCCCUAAUGGGGAUUUAUUCUCAAUGUCACAGAACAAGCAAGUUCCAAUGUCCAAUGGUGCUACAACAGGCCCACCUUCAGUACAGGGUAUAACUGGUGACCUCUUAGAGAAAACUUUGUCUCAGUAUUACCCAGAGCAUGUGUCUAUUGCACCUCAAACCAACUCAUCUCAAGUAGAUCAGGUCACCAGCAACCUGCCUGAGCAGGCGACUUCUUCACCUUCAUUUACCUCAGGUUUUCCUAUUUCACCCCAUACAUCAGCCUCCGAGCCACUUGCCAAGGCAGCCCCAGAAGUACAAGGCAGCAAUGGCUACAACCCUGAAUUUACAAUGAAUGGAUACUCUAGCUUUGCAGCUGAGCAAAAGAAGCCUGCUUAUCCUCUCUCUGACCUCCCAGAGUUGGGAACACAAUCGCGGAGUCAGGAAGCUUCCAAUGUGCCAUCACAGACAGGCAUUAAUGGUUGCUCACAGAUUCAAAAAGAUAGAGAAGAUAGAAAAGAUAACCUUCUGAGCGAGACUGAGUGUUUAAGUAUAUUCUCUAAGUCCAACCAGGAUUUUAGCUGUGAAUCGUACAAAUUGCCCCCAGUGAUGGCAAGUGCCCCCUCACAAAAAACUCAGACAGGUCAGCAGAACCUACAGAUUAAGGUGCUACAGAAACAACCAACUGAUGAAAACCUCCACAACCAUAGAGACUUUUCUUUGCUACAGCAACAGAAUAUUGAGCCACCAACAGUAGACAGCAGGUUGAUUUCCCAGGCCUGUACACCAACAUCAAAGAAUCAAUACAGUGACCACGAUAAUAAGCCUGAACCAGGUCAAGAAAAGACCAUGUCAAAGAGUACAGGUCCCCCAUCCCAGAUGGAAUGGAUAGAUUUAAACUCGGCUUCAGCUCCACAGCCAUCUACUGACCACUCACAGAUGUGGGAUUUUUUCCUUCCACAGACCCAAAUGCAGCAACAUACAGUCUCGCAGAGCCAAAGUCAUUGUACAAAUUCCAUGCCCUCAAACAACUUCCAGUCUUUGAAUUUAAGUAAUCCCAGUUUUCCCUCACAUGACAGUCAGGCACAAGAUUGUUACAAAAACUCCCUACCUCCUACACAAUUUCCCCACAAUUCUGCCCCUGAAUGUCAACAAAGAAAAUCUGGAAUGCACAAUCAUGCUUCCAUGCAAUUUGACAAACCCCAACACACGUGCCAGGAAUUAUGCAAAAAUGAUCAAGACCAGAUACAAUCCCAGAGCUUCCUCUCUCAGCCACCACCUACUGAGCCUCAUCAGCAGGCCACCAGCACAUUUGCCCAUCAGCUCCCUCAGGACAGACAGAAUAUGCAAGCAGCUCCACAAAAAGAUGUUUCCCACAUCCAGGUAGAUGCACCACUCUUAAAACGGCUUAAAACAGAGGGUUGUCUUCAUUCAGAAUCCCAGACAAUAUCUCUAGGUAUUGAACCCCCAGCACAAACACUGUCUAGGUCAACUAUAAGAGAAUACUCAACAUUUCCAGACCCAUCUAAUUCAAAUGUACAAUCCUUGUCUAAAGAAACAAAAGCUCUAACAGAUAGGAAACUCCAGCAGAACAUACAGUACUCUCAAAACACCAGUAAACAACAACCAAACUACCAGCAACCUCUCCAUCGCAGGGUACACAAUCAUUUGGAAUUCCCCCAGUCUCCGAUUUCUCAAUCACAAGUUUCUAAUGGUCUUCAGAUACCGGCUCAAACAUUUACCAAAACUGAAUUGCAAGAGCUCUUUGCCAAAAUCCAGAGGGAGUCUCUCCUAAGCCAAGGUGCUCAAGGCGAUUUGCAGAGGCACACAGCCUUGCGAAUGCACCUUCUGCAGAGGCAGGAGCGGCAAGGCCCCAACAACAUCAGACCAAUUAUGCCAACCAUAAAAACUGAAAACAGCUCAGAAUUAGAGACCUCAGCUCAACUGCCACCCAUGGAAGUGCUACAGCAAGAUCAAGACAAAACCAAAGUCAUGCCAGUGGUUGUAAAGCAGGAGUAUCCUUCUUCAUCCUGUGAACAAAGCCUGCAAAGCAGUAUUCUAGCUACCAUGGAACAGCGGUUAAAACAGUAUCAACUAUCACCUGUGUUUGAAAGAAAGUCUUUGGUCAUCAAGUCACCCAAUAAGGUGAAGGUGGAGAUGGCUGGGGCUGUGACUGUGCUCUCAACCAGUGCUGAGGGGAAUGUCAAGGAACAGUGCAAACCACAAAACUUCACCCCACCUAAAAAGAUUGAACCCGGGUUACAAAGCUUUCUGGAUUCACCCAUGAAGAUGCUUAAUACACCAAUAAAAAACUUACUAGAUACACCUAUGAAGACACAGUAUGAUAUUCCUUCAUGUCACUGUGUUGACCAAAUCAGUGAAAGGGACGAAGGACCAUAUUAUACUCACUUAGGAUCAGCACAGACUGUUGCAGGCAUCCGCAAAAUUAUGGAGGAAAGAUCUGGACUGACUGGAAGUGCCAUUAGGAUUGAAAAAGUUGUGUAUACUGGCAAGGAAGGCAAGAGUGGGCAGGGCUGCCCCAUUGCUAAAUGGGUAAUACGGAGGGCAAAUGUAGACGAGAAACUCCUGGUCUUGGUACGAGAACGGGCUGGUCACUCAUGUGAAACAUCCUGUAUAGUAGUGGUCAUCUUAAUUUGGGAAGGCAUAUCAACGAACCUGGCUGACAGUCUCUACACUGAACUCAGUGACACGCUAACAAAACAUGGUGCCCUAACCAACCGCAGAUGUGCUCUAAAUGAGGAGAGAACAUGUGCAUGUCAGGGUUUGGAACCUGAUGCCUGUGGAGCUUCUUUCUCCUUCGGCUGCUCCUGGAGCAUGUACUAUAAUGGCUGCAAAUUUGCCAGAAGUAAAAUCCCACGAAAGUUCAAACUGCUUGGUGAUGAUCCCAGGGAGGAAGAGAAACUGGAACAAAAUCUCCAGGGUCUUGCAACUUUCAUGGCCCCAGUGUAUAAAAAAAUGGCACCCGAUGCUUACGGCAAUCAGGUGGAGCAUGAACACAGAGCUCCCGAUUGCCGCCUGGGCCUAAAAGAAGGACGGCCAUUUUCUGGAGUGACAGCCUGUCUAGACUUCUGUGCUCAUGCCCACAGAGACCUGCACAACAUGCAAGGGGGCAGUACUGUGGUCUGCACGCUAACACGAGACGACAAUCGUGAGAUUGGAAAAAUUCCUGAGGAUGAGCAGCUGCACGUGCUUCCCUUAUACAAGGCCUCCUCCACUGAUGAGUUUGGCAGUGCUGAGGCUCAGCUGGAGAAGACCAAGACUGGUGCCAUUCAGGUGCUCAGUGCCUUUCGUAGACAGGUGCGUAUGCUACCAGAGCCUGCCAAGUCUUGCCGGCAAAAGAAGCUGGAUGCCAAGAGAGCCGCAGCUAACAAAACAAACCCCAACACACCUAACUCCAAAAUGGACAGCACCCAGCAAGCAAAGCAGAAACAGACCGCUUUUGAGAACCCAGGCCAGAACACAACUGUAACAGGCCCAGGUAACAUAAAUCUGGAUUCUGGGCAUCUCCCCCAAGCUGGCCAUCAGCCUCAGCAGCACCGGCAGCAAACACAACCUAAUUCUAAUCCCACUUACACCGUCUCACAGUUCCCUAGAUUCUCAAAUGCAUCUGGAACCCUCUCGAAUGCUCCUAAACCAAUGACCCCACAUCCUCAAACAACACCUACUGCCAGUCCUUAUCCCUCUCCUUUACAUGCACCCAACUCUUACAUUAACGUGUCUAAUGCACCCACCCCAUACCCCAGGUCUCUUACACCCAACCCUCUCUAUACUGGUUACCAAUGUAAUGGGGGGCUUCCAAUGGACAACUACCACCCUUACUACUCUUCUAAUCUAAAGCAUCCAGAUAUGUAUCAUCCCCAAACAAAUUCACUGUACUCUGAGCAGCAGUACAGUGCACCUCAACAUUAUUCCGUCAACUACCCACCACACUAUGGAGAGCCUAGCUUACCACCCAAUGGUUAUGGCACCUGUAACAUGAAACCUGGCAUGCACUCUAUGGGACAUUACCCAGGUUAUAAUCCUAAUAUGCCACCUGAUGCCUUCUCCAGGCCUCCUUCAGCUCAUCUACAUUUGGACUAUGCUACUAUUGGCAAAAGCAGCCAGUUUGAAGCUUACCCCAAACCUCAUAUGUCCCAGAAUCCUCAGAUGUUUCCCCCAAAUCCAAAUACCUUAAGUUUGCAAAGUAAUAAAGAUUUAGAGAUAAACAAGCAUGGAGCAAAUGGUAUCCCUCAGGUGUUUUCUCCUUUGGGUAAUGAAUGCUUCAACCCAAACCAACAUCCAGGCUUGAGGCAUUCCAGUGAAAAUGCCCUUAACCCCGUUGUCAACCAGACACCACUUACCCAGAGUUCAGAACAAAAAGAAAAGGAGGAUGUGUGGUCUGACAGCGAGCACAACUUCCUUGACCCUGAAAUUGGAGGGGUGGCAGUGGCACCUAGUCAUGGUUCGAUCAUUAUCGAGUGUGCUAAGCGGGAACUCCAUGCGACUACACCAGUCAAGAAGCCUGACCGCAACCAUCCCACCCGUAUCUCACUGGUGUUUUACCAGCACAAGAAUUUGAAUGAGGCAAAACACGGACUGGCUCUGUGGGAAGCAAAGAUGGCAGAGAAGGCCCGGGAGAAAGAGGAAGAUGCUGAGAAGCACGGUGCUGAAAAUACAACGAGCAAGAGCAGUGGAAAGAGAGUGAAACGAGAACAUUCAGAACCUUCUGAACCUCCAUAUAAGCGGUUUCUUCUCAUGCUUACAGAACGGUCAAUGUCUUGCACUACUAAUACAUAUGUAAGCACAUCUCCCUAUGCCUUUACCAAGGUGACCGGGCCUUACAAUCAUUUCCUGUAAAAACCUCUCUAGGUUCAGAGCAUUCAUAAACACAAGAAUGAGAGUGGCGUCAGAAAAAUGAUAUGGUGCAUGAAAUGGUGCUACAACAAUAUAGUGACCUCAGUACCACUGGCCACAUAACCCAUAAUUCUUGUUCGGUUUCAGGUUAUUGACAAUAGUAAGAUUCUGUAUUAUUACUAUACGUAGAGCAUCAGUUGGCUUUUUACACGCUCUUAAAAAGUCAAUCUUUACUGUUUGAUCAAUUGGAAAUAUUUAUGUAUUAUUUAAAUACUCACGUAUGAUAACACUGUUCUUCAUCCAUGGUGCUUACAGUCCAACAAAUUUGGACAUAUUACUGGAAAGAAAUAUUCAUCUUAGGUGACUUUUGUGGCUAAUCACUUUUUAUGGUGCUAGUGAGUGUUUUGAAUGCAAAAACGUGUUUUUAAAUGCCUUUCUUUAACAACACACAACUUGUAUAAUUUUAAAGUAAUACACAAUUUUUUUUAUUAAGCAAUUAAGACAUUAUCAAGCUUAAAUAGUGUUUUAGAAGCACUUGUUUAGUAAUAAUGAGGGUAUCACUUGCUGCUCUCCAGUUUGAAAGACAGUUAAUUAUACUGCAUUCAUUUUAGUUUCACAAUGUGGAAAACAAUAAUGAUGAACUCCAUAGUGGAUAGUUAAAAAUAAUUUAAAAGACUUUUAAACAAUUUCUCUGGUGCUUUUACAAUUUCACAAAUUCUUUACACUUACUGUAUAGUGAGCCACUGAGGGUCAAUUUUGUAACAGUAAUGUUCUGAGAAAGAAAUCACACAAAAUAACAACAACAACAAAAAACGUGAAAUUUCAGAACACUGAAUACUGGAGUAGAGAAAAACAAUGGUCAAUAUUAGGUCCUUAAAGCAUAUAUCAAGGAACACAUUACAGGGUUAUUUUUACAUCAAUGUCACUGUUUCAGAGGCAGCUGGCUUGGCUUGCUGUGGGGUUUUUUACAUAAUGCAACUUUAGCUGUAUAAAAAAAAGUUGAGAUGUGUACAGUAAAUUAAUUUUUUUUGAAUGUAUGCUUAGACAAUAGUUUAGUAAAGAAGAGUACUAUUUCUUUGGGUUUGAACUGAUUUUAUUUCAAAUGGUGCUACUUGACCUGCUAUAAAUAUAAUGUGAGAAUCUCUAAGGGCGUUGAGAAGGCUUAUGAAUGAUGUAGAAAAACCUACUUAUCAUAUACCUCAGAACUAGUUUGGCAAUAGAAUUAUAAUAUCAAGGUGUUUCUGUUAUUUUACUUCCAAACACUUUGUAGCAAAAAUAACACAUACCUUAAGGCCAUUA